UGCAUACAUAAAAGCAAGUGUGGGUUGCCUGAUUGCCUUUGGGCGCUGGACCUGGAAGAACCAGCGCUUCUGGUGGUAUUCUUCCCUGUGGCCGGCUGCCGGAAGGCUGCUGCACUGACUGCUGUUGUUGGGGGCCGGGCGCGUGUGUUCCAGGAGAGGCGCGGCGGUCAGCGUGGUCAACAACGUGGUGCUCGGGACCUCGGAGCUGGGCGCGGGCGGCAUCUACGUCACCCACGCGCGCAGCCAGAAGACCGACUUCGGCUUCUACCACACGCAGGACUGCGCGGCGUUCAUGGCGCUCGCCUCCGUCGCGCUGCCCCGCUACCGCGCCAUCAUGGGCCCCUUCCAGCUGAGCGUCUGGAUCGCGCUCACCCUCACCUACAUGUUCGCCAUCCUGCCGCUCGUCUACUCGCACUCGUUCACGCUCCGCGUUCUCAUCAGGAGCCCCGGCCAGAUCGAGAACAUGUUCUGGUACGUGUUCGGCACCUUCACCAACGCCUUCUCCUUCAAGGGGCGCGACUCCUGGACCCGGUCGUCGCGAACCUCUACCCGCAUGAUAAUCGGUUGGUACUGGGUUUUCUCUAUCAUCGUGACUGCCUGCUACACGGGUUGCAUCAUCUCCUUCAUCGCCUUCCCAGCCUUCCCCACCGUCGUCGACUACAUCUGGCAGCUGUGGGAGGGAAACUACCAGAUCGGCACUCUGCGCACGGACGGCUGGCUCACGUGGUUCCGCAACUCGUCCGACCCGAUGGUUGACCGGCUGCUGGAGGACAUGGACACGGUGCCCGACGUGUGGGCGGGCAUCGUCAACAUCACGCGCGCCUACUUCUGGAAGCCGUACGCCUUCCUGGGCUCGCGCCUCUACCUGGAGCACGUGGUCCGCACCAACUACACGGCCGAGAACAAGCGCUCGCUGAUGCACAUCAGCAGCGAGUGCGUGGCGCCCUUCUGGGUGGCGCUCAUCUUCCCCAAGGCGGCCACGUACUCGGAGCGCUUCAGCCAGGUGCUCAUGCGCGCCAUGCAGGCCGGCAUCACGGAGAAGCUGCGGCGCGACGUAGCCUGGGACGUGAUGCGCUUGCAGGCCAAGAACGGGCGCACGCUGCUGCAGGCGAGCAGGGGCUCGGCGCUCAAGCUCAAGUCCUCGGACGAGCGCAUGCUCACCCUGGACGACACGCAGGGCAUGUUCCUGCUGCUGGGCGCCGGCUUCGCCUUCGCCGCCCUGGCCCUGUUCGUGGAGAACAUGACGGGGCGCGUCGCCUGUUGCAGGAAGUACUGCCAGCCCGGGCCGAGGAGGAGGUCCAGCGUUGGCAGCAUUCCCCCCGAGCUGCUAGAGCACUACCUGCCAGGAGGCAGUGUGGAGCCCAGCAGGGCCGGCACCAGCUCAACGAGGCACGGGACCCAUCACGAUAACGACCCAGGGGCCGACCACGAGGGCGUUCGUAAGAGGCGACCCAGCACGGCUGCCCAGUCGGCCUCGGCCAUCUCUCUGGACCAGGCCUGCUGGACCGAGGGAGUGGCGGAGGUGGACGUACACGCAACUGACGAGAUCCGCCGAGGUCUUGCGCAAGUCGUGUUUUCCAAGGUGGUGUCGGCGGUGUCCGCGGCCGCCGCCUUUCGCAGAGGGUCCGUCGACAGGCUGCGGGAGGCCUGGACGGACCGUGGUCACCUGGACGAUGGCGAAGGCGAACAGCACCAGCACCUCCGCGUUCUGGAGGACCACGUCUUGCACCUCAGCAAUGCUUGGAGCGACCGCAGCCUGGCCUCGGCAGCCUCGGACGACGCGCACCUCCGGGUCCUCGCCGAGGGUGGCAGCCGCCGCGGGUCUCGCAGCUCGCGCGGCUCCCUGUACCCCACGCUGCCGACGACAGCCGAGCAGGACCCGGACGACGAGCAGGCCACGGCCAUCCCGGACCCGGAGCAGGUCGACGAGUGCCAGCCGACGCGCUCCGGCCGCAGCUCGCUGUUCGGCAGCCCUAUCCACCCGAUGGAUGACGAUGACGAAGCCGUCGUUGAGGACGACACUUGCACGUACGUCCUGCUGCACUCGUCCUCGGAGGACAUUGCUCGCCGACCGCCGACGCCUUACUCGCGGCCCGUGCCCGUGGGCCGCCCGGUUGCCUCUAAGCUGGGUCACCAUCGCCGGUCGUCCAUGGUAGUGUCGCACUGGCCGCCGCCAAACGCAGAGGACGACGGUGAACACGGGAGCGUCGGCUCCCCACAGCGACCGCCCACGGCGUCCUUCCCGGAUACGCCGGAGGGUUCGCCCCGUCACGAAAGGGGAGACGAGCGGACGUCACAGUCUUCACCAACGCCGUCAUCAACCUGACGGAUGAUGGGAAGUCGACGUCGACACCCAGUGAAAGCAAGAGCACCUUGUAGAUGUUACUAUUAUUGUUGUUGUUGCUGCUGCUGUUGCUGUUGUUUCUACUCCAUAUAGCAAUGUAAUAAAUCUAACAAAAAUAAUAUUA